CCCACCCAGUGGCCGUGGAGUCCAUGGGGAGGGGAUAUGGGGGAGCUGCCCCCAGCCUGGGGAAGGGGACCCAGUGCAGGAGGUGACUGGAGCCGUGGCGGCGGCGGCGGCGGCGGCGGCGGCGGGAGCAUCGGUGGCGGCGAUCUCAGCCUCAGCAGCCUAGGCUUGAGCCCUGGCCAGGGCGGCGUAGCAGACAAUAACCGGGCUGGAAACCCGACCCGGCGGGAUCCAACCGGGAUGCUUCCUGACUGAUGAUGUAACACUGUUUGGAAGCCAGAAGGCUGCUUUUCCAGCUGAACAUACCUGAGUUGUCCCCAUCACCAUGGAGACUGGAAAGGAUGAAGCUUCUCAGGCCAAGGAAGCAGUAGCCUCUAUGGACCCCCAAGACCAAAGGGCAGAGAAAGGAGCCAAGAACAAGGCAGCUGAGAUAACAGAAGGGACAGUAUCAGAGCCACCAUCAUCUGGUCCAAGUAGGCUGAGGAAAACUGCCAUGAAACUUUUUGGUGGCAAGAAGGGCAUCUGUACCCUACCUAGUUUCUUUGGAGGAGGGCGAAGCAAAGGUUCUGGGAGAAGCUUCUCCAAGAAGGAUCUUAGCAAGAGCAAGACCCACGAUGGCCUGAAUGAAGCAGCUUGUGGCCCUGAAGAUAUUGUCAGUGAAGGAACCAGCUUUGCCUUACCCUUGCCUGAAUCACCCUGCCAACUUCCCAGUUCCCAGAGUGCCCAUGGGGUUUUGGGGACCGGCUCCAGAUGCAAGACAUCUGCAUCUGGAGCCACAGAGAAAGCUGGGGCUGAGAAGGCUCCUUCUGUGCCCAAGCCAAAGAAAGGACUGAAAGGUUUUUUCAGCAGUAUCCGCCGUCACCGGAAAAGCAAGGUCUCUGGGGCUGAACAAAGUGAGCUAGGUUCCAAAGGGCCUCAAGGGGCCAGAGCCAGGCCUCAGGAACAUGUGAACUCAGCCAUUCUGGCCCAUACUGAGGAUAUCCUCCAAGCCCCCAGAAAGGAAAAUGCCAAACCCCAAAAUUCUACUGGGCCAAAAGUUACUUUAUUACCAGAGCCUUCUCCAGCAGUCACUGAGAAGACAACCUAUAAAGAUCCAGAAAAACCAAAGGAGGCCUAUGCCUCAGCACUUCUGCAGCCCAAGCCUGCCUCUGAAUCCAGUGGCCUAGAGGAGUACCACAGUUCAGAAACAGGGGAGAAGGUGGAGGCAGAAGAGGUAAAUCCACCAAAUAGCCAUGUUGGGGACCAGCUAAGCCUCUUGUUUGGGGAUGUCACAUCCCUGAAAAGUUUUGACUCACUGACAGGUUGUGGUGACAUUAUAGCAGAGCAGGACAUGGACAGUAUGACAGACAGCAUGGCCUCUGGAGGCCAGAGGGCAAAUCGAGAUGGGACCAAGAGAAGUUCCUGCCUGGUGACCUACCAAGGAGGUGGGGAGGAAAUGGCCUUGCCAGAUGAUGAUGAUGAGGAAGAGGAGGAGGAAGAGGAGGAAGAGCUGGAAUUAGAGGAGGAAGAAGAGGGUGCCAGGAAGGAAGAAGAUUAUGACUUAGAAUAUCUGUGGACAAGUGCCCAGGUAUACUCAAGGUCCAAUCUGAAUUUGGGCUACCAUCCCAUCACAUCCCCAGGCCACCAUGACUACAUGCUUCUAGACUCAAUUCGAUCUUAUCCUGGCUUAGCCCCUGGGGACCUUUUGACUCCUCAGAGUGACCAGCAAGAGUCUGCCCCAAAUAGUGAUGAAGGUUAUUAUGACUCCACAACACCUGGAUUUGAGGAUGAUUCAGGUGAGGCCUUGGGGCUUGUCCGCAGGGAUUGUCUGCCCCGAGACAGCUACAGUGGAGAUGCCCUGUAUGAGUUCUAUGAGCCAGAUGAUAGUCUUGAGACCUCCCCACCUGUAGAUGACUGUCUUUAUGACCUUCAUGGUCACAGCUCUGAGAUAUUUGACCCCUUCUUGAACUUUGAGCCCUUUUCUUCCUCUCGGCCACCUGGGGCAAUGGAGACAGAGGAAGAACGGCUAGUGACCAUCCAGAAACAGUUGUUGUAUUGGGAGCUUCGGCGAGAGCAGCUUGAGGCCCGAGAGGCACAGGAGGCACGUGCCCGAGAGGCUCACACCAGGGAGGCCUAUACCCAAGAAACUCAUACCAGGGAGACCCAUGCCCGAGAAGUUCAUGUCAGAGAGGCCCAAGACCGAGAGGCCUAUGCCAAGGAAGCCCAGGCCCGAGAGGCCCAUGCUCAAGAGUCUCAAGUCCAAGAGGUUCAGGCCUGGCAAGAGAAGCCCAUCAUUGAAUAUCAGAUGAGGCCUUUAGGCCCAUCAGUGAUGGGCCUGGUAGCAGGGGUUUCAGGGGCCUCUCAGACUUCCCAUCGGAGAACCACCUCAGCUUUUCCUGCCACUGCAAGCAGUGAACCAGACUGGAGAGACUUCCGUCCUCUGGAGAAGCGUUUUGAAGGAAUCUGCUCCAAGAAAGAUCAAAGUACCUGUCUGAUGCAGCUCUUCCAAAGUGAUGCUAUGUUUGAGCCAGAUAUGCAAGAAGCAAGCUUUGGAGGCUCUCCCAGGAGGGCCUACCCUACUUAUUCACCCCCUGAGGAGCCAGACGAAGAAGAAGUUGAAAAGGAAGGGAAUGCCACUGUGAGUUUCUCACAGGCCCUUGUGGAGUUCACCAGCAGUGGGAACAUCUUCUCUAGCAUGUCCUGCAGCUCUGACUCUGACUCAUCCUUCACUCAAAACCUCCCUGAACUUCCCCCUAUGGUUACUUUUGAUAUAGCUGAUGUGGAACGGGAUGGGGAAGGCAAGUGUGAAGAGAAUCCUGAGUUCCACAAUGAUGACCUUGCAGCCUCCUUGGAAGCUUUUGAGCUAGGCUACUACCAGAAACACACAUUCAGUAACUACCAUAGCCGAUUCUACCAAGGUCUGCCCUGGGGUGUGAGCAGUCUCCCUCGCUACUUGGGACUGCCUGGCAUGCACCCUCGGCCUCCACCGGCUGCUAUGGCCCUCAACAGAAGGAGUCGCUCCCUGGACACUGCGGAAACCUUGGAACUGGAGCUCUCCAAUUCCCACCUUGCCCAAGGGUACACAGUGUCUGAUGAGCUUCAUGCUCAGCAGGAAGAUUCAAAUGAAGAGGAGGAAGAAGAAUGGGGCAGAGACAGUCCUUUGUCCCUUUAUACUGAACCACCAGGGGCCUAUGACUGGCCUGCCUGGGCUUCCUGUGCUCUCCCAGUGGGACCAGGCCCUGCCUGGAUAAGUCCCAAUCAGUUGGAUGGGUCUUCUGGCCAGUCUUCAUAUGCCUGCCAACAGGCAGCCUGUUGCAUACCUCCUGUGGCCAUGUCAAUGUUGCUGUCAGUACCAGAGCUAGAGCCAAGGGCACCUGGGAUAUUCAAGCCUCAGCUAUCUCGGCCUACACACCUACCCCUGCCCAUGGUCCCUUGUUAUAACCUGCAGCCACAGGCCUCUCAGAGUGUGAGGGCCAGGCCUCAAGAUAUGUUGCUGCCUGUCGAUGAGCCCAGUUGCUCCUCUAGUUCUGGAGGAUUCAGCCCCAGUCCUCUGUCCCAGUCCAAGCCUGUGGGCAUCACUUAUGGCAUCCCUAAGCUGCCCAGGGUCCAACCUGAGCCCCAACAGCCUCAAACCAUUCACUACAGGGCUUCCAGCCUUGACCUGUCAAAGGAGAUGGCUGAGCAAGGUGCCUCUCUCCCCCUUCCCACCAGUUACUCCUCCACUGCUGUGAAUGGAAAGCUAGAUGAGUAGUCGUCAUCUGUUCUGGAGUGGGGGCAUGGAGCGUGAGCAUGUGAAUGGGGAUCAGGGGUUGGGCAGAGGGGAGGGGGGAUGGGGGUUGCUAUUUAACUUGAAAAUCCUUUUGGCCAAGGAAAGCUCCUGUGAGUUUUUGCCUUUGUUUUCCCACUUCCCUCUUCUGCCAGUCUGUGGUUAUGUUUGGCUUGAGUACAUCUGCCCCAGAAGGCUGCUGCUGCUCUGUUGAUUCAGCUUGUCCUUUUGGGGUUUCUUGUUACCCAUGCAGGAUUUGGGAUGCUGUACUUCUGUGCCUAUUCCAGUUGCCCAGUUAGUGCAAUAUAUAUAUAUAUAUAGCAUAUAUAUAUAUAUAUAUAUAUCGCAUCCUUGACACAGGGUGAACCCUUAGUACCUGCCAUGCCCCUACAUACAGUGAAUAAUGAGCCACUGAUGAGCAGCCAGGUCUGUACUGCUUCCCACUUGAGGACAGGGGGCUUGUUUGCUGUUAACAAGGUGAGGUAAUGGUACGGAUCCUCCCCACCCCCACUGCCUUCAGUCUUGGCAUAGCUGUUCCAUUACGUCAGAUGAUUAUAAUCUAUUCACCCCAGCUAGCUGUCCUUAGAGAGGAUCAAGUAGCAUGUGUCUCACUGCCUAUUUCUGUGGACUUUGGCACUGUAACCAGAUGGGGGCCUUUUAAUCUGGUCUGCCGUAGCUUGGGUUAAAGACAAAAAUGCUGUCCCCUUAAUGGAAUGAUCAAAUUCAUUCAGUUGCAAACAGAAAACAAAAUAGAGUUCUAGAGUAGAUACUGCCAUAAAACUUGAGUUGUGGAAUGAUAGAAUUUGUUCCCUUCUUCCUCUCUUAAGCUUGUGAUGUCUAAGUUAUGGACACUUUUGAAUUUUUCUUUUACUCCAGAGGAAACGUUCAUAAUCUCAUCACAAGGAACAUAUUAUUUUAUUUGAGAAACAGGAAGAGAAGCAGCCUAAAUUAGCCUUGGCUAUAGGGGUCAGGAUUUUUGCAGUUUGCAGGAAAGGAUAGGAAAGGGAGGUCCAUUUGUCCCUGCUGGCAAGAGAGAUUUUUAGAUAUUGCAAAGCUCAAGGUAACCCACUUUUUAGAAGAGAAAAUAGUUUCUCCCCCAGAAGCAAAAAGUUCCUUAAUCCUUGCGCACCCCUUCCUUUGGAUGCUGUAAAGAGGCUCCAUAGGCAUCAGGCUAGCACUCCCAAGAGACAGGAUACCAAAGGCAUCUAGACUGAUAUUCUGGUUCUCUAAAGAGCUUUCAUCUUCUAAUUAACCAAGUCUUUAGCAUCCUCAAAGGACCAGCCUUCUUGAGAGGAAGCAUCUGCCCUCACUGCCAAGAUGCAAGAUUCUGAUUUGCAUGGCAGUUGCAGUCCUUUAUGGAAUGAAUAGUGUACUCCUUCUCCAUCCACAGGUUUCAUGUUAAACUAGCUUGGAAAUACUGGUGAAGAACAGUUGCUGUCAGGAAGACAUUGCAACAGGCUAAUCUAACCUGGCUCAGCCUUUCAUUAAUCACCAGUAAGAGAGGGUUCCUUUUAAUUUCUUUAUUGGAAAUAGAAAAUGGAACAUUUUUUUGCCUGGAUGCAUUGACCCAAAUUAUAAUCCUUGCCUCCCUGCCCCUGUCCCUUAUCCCACUUAUCUCCAUGUCUGUUAUGAGAAGAGGUCAGCAGGGCUCUUGGGAACAGAGACUGUUGACUCCCUGAGUCAAAGGGGCAAAUUUUAUGGCAAACAUCCUCUUGCCCAGGGAAUAUAUUUGUGCUGGUUUUUAUCACCAUUUCUCAGAUUGGAGUUGUCAGGGCUCCUCCCCACAAAGAGCAAACCUAUUUGAUAAAAACUUCACCCCUGGAAGUAACACAUGAGUUUGCAUGGCACUAACACUGUUCAAAGGACCCAAACUAACUCUCCAGGCUAACUCCAUCUGCAUUGUGAAGAAUACAUAAGUCAUGGAGUUGGAGAAAGAGAGCAUGAGGAAGGUCCUCCUUACCCCAAGCACAGCAUUCCAGGAGAGAAGUGCCCAAAUUCCAACCAUCUGGCCUCUUAUCAAAGCUGCCAUGGGAGGGUGGGGCUGAUAUAGGCCUGGCUGUUUGGCAGGAAGUAAACACCAAAUGCCUUUACAACAGGGGAAACCCCACUACUUGCCUCCUCUCUCUCUGCUUGUCCUUCAGGGCAGUUCAAACUCCUAUCUGCAUGUGGACUGUGCCAGCCACAGCAGGUAGGAGAGCCAUCACCAGCCUUCAGAGCCUGUUGGCCUCCAGCCUGUCUGAGAAGAGAAAAAGUAGAUGGUCAGACUUUGGCCAAGGGCAGAGGGUUGCUCUCAGUGAAAAGAGGGCCAUAAGAGAGGUCCUGACCUUGAGCAGAAUAGUCAUUGAUCAUCCUGACACAUUUUUCUGGGCUUUGGAAAGUCAAAUACAGAGCAGGGCCUAGAACUGAGCAACAUCUCAUGGUUUGGACAACAUUGCUGUCUGCAAGUUCUUUCAAUGUCCUUGCCAGCCCAAGGACACCAAAAGAGAGAUGAUCAAGAUGCAUGGCUACAGAAGCAGGCUCCUUUGAGUCUCACUCUAUAUCCAAGCACUUGAUGGCCAAAUACUAUUUGCAACCUGAAAGAGAAGGGAAGAUCUAGCUGGGGACAUGUGUUGAUGGCAGCACAGGCUGACACUGGGAGAGCCAACUAAUCUCGAGUCCUCCCCCCAAACAUAGCCAGUGCUUGCUCGGUUAGCACCAGAUAGGCCUCAGACUACUAAAGGUGUUGAUGUCAAGCCCACAUAUCUUAGGCUGUGACCAGAUGAACACCAUAUCUGCAUUGCAAGGUACUGGGAUAAUGCUCAUGGAUGUGAUUUCAAAGGAAGAUAUGAUUGGAGAGGAGGUGUCUGCUGUUAUCUUGCUACCCAGCAGGCUUAUCUAGUGCCAGACAGCUCUGUUCUUGAAAAUUCUCAGAGGAAACCAGUCGGUGGGAGAACCAGUGACUAUGGAUAGAGAAGGCCAACUAGCAGGCUUCUUUCAGGGCUACCAGUUUCUCAGUGAUUUAGCACCUUCAAGGAAGCCCUGCCUUGGGGCACUCAACUUGGACGCCUGUUCAUAAGCCUCAUGGGCUAAAGGCUUUGGUAAACACUAUUUUCUCUUCUUCCUCAAUGCUAUACCAAGCAGGGAAGUAGCUUCCUACACCCAGGAUGUGUUCCUCUCCUGUUGCCAGCAACUUUCCCACCCUUGCCAGUGCCACCACCCCACCCACCCUCGGCCCCUGGGCCCAGUUGCUAGAGGGAGGAAUGUGGGGAUUUAGCGGGAGACUUCAAGUUUACCCAUGUGUAUGUUACAUCUAAGCUAUAUAUAUAUAUAUAUAUAUAUAUAUAUAUAUAUAUAUAUAUAUACACACACACACACAUACAUAUACACAUAUAUUCAAUUAUCUAUUUUUAUAUUGUUUGAAUUUUAUAUUCAUGGAAAACAAUGUUUAUCAAUUGUUCUUUUCUGAUAUAUUUUAUUUUUAAGUGGUGCUGUUUACAGUUUUAAACAAAACAAAGAUGAUACAAAAAUUGCUGCUGCUUGUGCAGAGGGCUAGCAUCUCAACCGCCUAGGGUCCUCACUCUUUCCCCUCUCCUCACACCAAUGUAUCUUACUGUCCAUCCCCUCCCUUCACGAUAGGGACAGCAAAAGAUGCCCAGGUACUAUGACAAAUACCAGGUGUCUCAGGCAUGGAGAACCUGGUAGAUAACAUGUUUAUGGCUUUAUUUUUUCUUUUGGGCCCUGCCCCUUCCCCAUGUGUAGACUGUCUGAAAGUACCCAUCCAUUCCCUCUCCCUUCUCUCUCUCCCCGUGUCCUUUUUAUAUUUUGUGCUUUCAUUUUGAAAUGAUUCCCCAUGUGCUAUUUGUCAUGCCAAGUUUCUCCAAAGGAUCAUUUUGGGGACAUUCUCCACCCAGUGGAGUUUCUAUCAUGUCCCCUUUCCCUGAGAAGCUGAGGAGACAGAUAGCAGUGAUGCUUCAACCACCAUGAAUUGGCCAUCUCAUGGGGAAACCCUUUCAUGGGACUUUCUAAGAACUCAGUUGACAUUUGCCCAGAAGAGAUGUUGGAGAACUCCUUGACCCCUUUUGCUGCUUUGGGAGUUCCUCUCUCCCUACCCAUUUCUCCUGCCUUGCCCUGCUCCAGUUCACAUAUGAAUGGUAUUAGGGGGAACAGUGACAAUCAGGGUUAAUGUCUUCCUGGCCCGAUUCCCACUUUCCUAUCCUACAGUCACUCCAAAGAAGAAAAUCCACAUGGCAUGUAUAUGUGUGAGGCUUGGGCCUACUGAGAGACGGGGCUUUAAUUAUUAUUCUUAUUAUUGGUGCUUAUUUUCCCUGCUAUAUGGGGGUGGGGUGGAGAUGAAACCAGGAAUGCAUAUUUAGCUCAUAUUAAAUACAAUGGCUGGAAGACAGAAGAAAUUGGUAACUGCAGUAUAUAGUCACCCCAGGUGUAAGAGUUUUUUUCUCUCCCAGUGUAAAAUGGGGAGCAUGGUCCUGGAUGUGCCCUAGCUUCUCCUUCCUGCUCCCUGAGACAUUACAUAAUUGUCUGGAUUAUGAUCUCUCAAAUCCUAGCUCUCAUUGACACCUGGAUAUCUUGAUGCAUUACCUAUUUGUUACAACGUAUAUUUCUUUUGCUGAAUGCUAAUAAACUGGGUUCAAGGACUCCUCCAUCGUCACAAAAGUGCAUUCUUGUGGCUUGUUCCACAGCAGCAUGCCUGUGACCCAUGGUUGUUGGGUUUGCCCUUGAAGCGAAAGGGAGAAAGCAAGGAGGUUGGCAGGGGAUGGGGGUCACUCACUGGGGAAACAGAACCCAGAGCUGAAAGUAAAGUAGAGGAAACUUCAGUUCUUCAUCCAAGUCAUGCCCUACAUCUG